CACCGACACCUCUCUACCAUGGAUGCUCUCUACCGGUUAAAGGCAUUGAAUUAGGUUUUCCUUAAACACCGCCCACUUAGUGAACGACGACAAACAAACCGAGUGCAUCACUGUAAAGCUGGUAUUUGUUAUUACUCCUCCAGACAAACAACGUGUAUUUAAUAUCACAGCAGACUGUACUGUAGGCAUGAACAUCACAGACAGUGUGAUACGGAAUUUUAGAGUGGCCAGGACUUACAGACAAAAUUCUCAGAAAGUCAACUGUGUGGACUACAGCCCAAAUGGCGAAAACGCGAUAUCAAGCAGCGACGACGACUGCAUCGUUUUGUAUGACAUGCAAGAGGGAAGAAUGAAACGCACUCUGUUCAGCAAGAAGUAUGGAGUGGACCUCAUCCGCUACACACAUGGCGACGCACAACAAGUGGUCUACAGCUCCAACAAGAUCAAUGACACCAUACGAUACCUGUCUCUGAGUGACAACAAAUACAUCCGGUACUUCUCUGGACAUAUGGCACGGGUUAUUUCUCUCUCCAUGUCACCAGUGGACGAUACAUUUAUCUCAGGAUCACUGGAUAAGACGAUCAGAAUCUGGGACCUGCGCUGUCCAGACUGUCAAGGUUUGGCUAAUCCUCUGGGGAACCCCGUGUGUUCUUUUGACCCUGAUGGGCUGAUAUUUGCCGCAGGGGUGGAAUCAGAGGCCAUUAAAUUGUACGACCUUCGUGCUUUUGACAAGGGUCCAUUUGCCUCGUUUGAGACCAGGUUUAAUCGCGUCUGUGACUGGACGGGACUCAAGUUCAGCAACGAUGGGAAACAGAUUCUCAUCUCCACAAAUGGAGGGAUGAUUCGAGUGCUUGAUGCUAUCAGUGGAUCUGUGCUGCACACGUUCUCUGGCUACAACAACAGUAGAGCCAUCGCCCUGGAGGCUUGUUUCACGCCUGACUCACAGUUUGUGAUGAUUGGUUCUGAGGACGGGAGAGUCCACGUGUGGAGCUCGGAGAGCGGGAUGAAGGUGGCCGUGCUGGAUGGGAAACAUCCCGGACCCAUCAACACACUGCAGUUCAACCCCAGAUACAUGACGUUUGCCAGCGCCUGCACGAACAUGUUGGUGCUGGACUCGUCCAGAGAGCCUGCACACAGCUGGGACCAAGACUACGACCAGUGCCUGCUUCCUCUGCUCCAGCCCCAAGAGCCGUGCUACAUCCUCUAUCGUCUAGACUCCCAGAAUGCACAGGGACACGAGUGGAUCUUCAUUGCCUGGUCACCUGACCAAUCACCAGUGAGGCAAAAGAUGAUGUACGCAGCAACACGUGCCACACUGAAGAAGGAGUUUGGAGGAGGUCACAUCAGAGACGAGCUGUUUGGCACAGUCGAGGAGGACGUGUCCUUCCAGGGAUACUUGCGACACAUGUCCUCCUGCUCCUCACCAGCUCCUUUCACAGCAGCCGAGAAGGAGCUGCAACAAAUCAAAGUCACAGAGGAUAAAGUCGUAUGGGACGAACGUAGACGAACUGGGACGCCGACAGCACGAGCAAAGGUCACGAUGGAGUUUGGCUUAGACAAAAGGGCUCAGACUCUUCAGGGCCUGGCGUUUCCAUUACAAGAAGAGGCCAAACGAGCUCUGCAGCAACUCAAGCAGAAACGCGUCAACUACAUACAGCUGAGACUGGACGUAGAGAAAGAGACCAUUGAGCUGGUUCACACCAAACCUACAGAGACCCAUGAGCUCCCCUACAGGAUUCCCACAGACUCACCCCGAUACCACUUCUUCAUUUUCAAACAUUCUCAUCAAGGCCAGCUGCAGGAGGCAUUGGUGUUUAUAUAUUCGAUGCCCGGCUACACCUGCAGCAUCAAGGAAAGGAUGUUGUACUCCAGCUGUAAGAACAGGCUACUGGACGAGGUGGAGAGAGAUUACCAACUGGAGGUCACCAAAAAGAUGGAGAUAGACAGCGGCGAUGGACUAACAGAAGAGUUCCUGUACGAGGAGGUCCACCCGAUGGAGCACACCUUAAAGCAGGCCUUUGCCAAGCCUCGUGGACCAGGAGGCAAGAGGGGCAAUAAACGCCUCAUCAAGGGUGCGGGGGAAAACGGGGAAGACAUUUAGAUACUAAACUACCCCGAUAUCUAUGAAUUGACUUUGUUAUUUGAAUGUUUAACUCCUAGUCAUUUCCUCUUGGACAUACAUUUGACACCAAACGUGAAGAAAUAAACAGAUCCACCAUAAAUCAGAAAUCCUGUGA